AUGUAUUAAUAAGGUUUUUUUAAUUAAAUCCAAAUUUUCUAUUUGUAGACUAUUUAUUUGAUCAAAAAAAUAUAAAAAAUAUUAAUAAAAAAUCAUUAUGUUCCAAUAUUAUAACUUACUAUUUAUGGUGGAGGGAGUAGUUUUUUAAGAGAUUUUGAAGUAAAUAAUGUUUUAGAAUUAAAUGAAGGUUGUUUAGAAUAAAUAGAUGAUAAAUGUCUGAUUUGUCAAGAAGGUUGGAUUUAAGAUGAACUUCUAGAAAAUUGUAAUCCAAUUUGUGGAGAUGGAAUCAUUUAAGGUUAAGAAUAAUGUGAUAAUCUAAUAACUAAUCAUUCUUGCUAUCAAUGCAAAUAUUCUUGUUUUGAAAAUUGUUAAAUUUGUUAAUUUGGAAUUUAUUUACAAUGUAUUGACGGAUUUGUAAUUAAUUCCAAUUUUAAUUGUGAUCCUUUAUGCGGAGACGGUAAUUUGACCCCAUAUUCAUUUGAAUAAUGCGAAUUGGCUGUUAAUGGUGUGUAGGAUGGUUGUUAGGAUUGCAAAUUUAUUUCAAUCGCUAAUUGUAAAAUUACCUAUUUUUCAAUUUGCAUAGAAUGUGAAAUAGGAUUUUAAUUGUUAGAGAAUGCCUGCUUUCCUUAUUGUGGAGAUAAAUUAGUUCUCUAAUAAUAUGAGGAUUGCGAUGAUGGAAAUUUUGAACCUUAUGAUGGUUGUUAUUAAUGUAAGUUUUAAUGCAUAGAAAAUUGCAACUUAUGUGAUCAAGGAUAAUGCUUUUUAAAAUGUGAGGAUGGAUAUAAGUUUGCUAAUAACAAUUGUCAAUCUGUUUGUGGUGAUUAAAUUGUUACAAAGGAAGAAGAUUGUGAUGAUGGUAAUACUAUAAAAUUUGAUGGUUGUUUUCAAUGUAAGUAUUCUUGUCCACUAAAUUGUUCUGAUUGCUAUCAAGGUACAUGUUUGUAGUGCAAUUAUCAAUACUAAUUACUAAUUUCUAAUUAAUGUAAAUAAUAAUUAAAUUGUGGGGAUGGAUUGGUUUAGGAAUAGGAGGAAUGUGAUGAUGGUAAUUAACAUGCAGCCGAUGGAUGCUAGGAUUGUUUAUUUGAAUAAAAUUGGGUUUGUAUCACAACGGCAAAAGAGUCUCCUAGCUAAUGCUCAUUCGUUAAAGCUCCAAGUUUAGUUAUUAAUUAUCUCAAUAUAACUUAAAAUAAAUAAUAUAUAAGCAUCUAAUUUAAUUAUUAACCACUAUCAGAAACUUUAAAUUUUGAAUUAUCAGAUCUCAACAGGAAGUACUGGAAUAGCAGCUUAAAUAUAAUUUCGGAUGUUGGAUCAUAUUUGAGUUUUGGUGAAUAUAUUAUCGAAAUAGAAGUCUUCUAAUUACUAAAAUUUAGACCUCUCUUGAAAAUUUCAGUAAAUCAGAAAGUUGCUAAUAUAGAUAAUGCUAUUUUGAUAGAUUUUGAAAAAUAAAUAACAUUACAAUAUCCAAAUUAUCUCGAUGAAACACAGAAGGAUUAUUCUUAAAAUUUAUCAGGAAUUACUAUUAUCAGUCUUUUACUAGGAAGUAGCGAUUUAUUCGUAGAGAUUUUAGCAAUCCUUUAAUUUUAACAAUACUUAAGAUAUAUCAAUUUAGAAUUUCCUGAAAAUCUAGUUAUUUAUUUUUCUAUAUAUGAUAUGAUAACUGUUCAACCUCUAUUGGACGUUUUGUAAUUUCCACAAUUAUCACAGUUUAUUGAUAUUUAGUCAAAUUAGGUUUAUUAAGAUGGGAAGUUUCAUGAUUACAAAUAAAAUUCAAGCUUGAUUAUCAAUCUUUAGUGUCAAAUAUUUUAAUUCUUAAUAUUUUUAUUCCUUAUUUUGCUGUUGCAAUGGAUUAAAAGAGUUGGAUAUAAAUGGAUAUUUUGUUCUAGAUGCAAUUAAUAUAUGUUAUCACUAUCAUUCUAUAUAAAUCGAAAAAUUAUUUUGAAAAUAAGUUCAUACUUUUAUAACAUUUACCUGGAUUUACUUAAAUUAGAGAAAUUUAUGUCUUUUGAAGGAUUGUAAAAAGCAUUACUCCUCAAUGGUUGGGAUAUGAUAUUUAAAACAAUUUUAUAUACACGAAACAUCUAAACAAAAAAUUACUUAGAUAUCAUACAACUCUUUUUGGUAAGUAUUAUACUUCUUCUUUAUUUUAUCAUAUUACUAAAUUUUUUCAAAUGCCAUUAACGAUUGAACAAAAAUAAAAGGUUCGCAAUUCUUAGUUUUGGGAGAUAAUUUUUCUUUUUAAUAAUCUUGAUUUAUGUUUAACAUUCGCAGACACUGUAAGUAGGGUUGAUACUUUUAACAAGCUUAAUAUAAACAACUUUCCUUUACAAAUAUCGGUUUUAUUUUAAUUAAAAGAACUACAUCGUUUAGAUGUCAGUUGAGAUAUCAGUAAUCACUUUUAUGCUUGGUUCGUUUUUAUACAUAUAAGAGUUUAAUGAAUAAUUUAAUCAAGAGAAAAAAAUUGUACUGGGAUGGAUUUAAUCAAUCUUGCUAUCUACAGGCAUAAUACUAGAGUUAAUUUUUACCUGUUAAAGAUCAUUAUUGAAAUAUAAAUUGAUGUGCAGAAGAAAGCAAUUAGUAGAUAAAAACAAUCCAAUAUUUAUUUGA